GCCACGACGUAGUCUUGUUUGUGAUUGGUCCGACAUUUUUUUUCAAUUCGCCAUAGUUGUUAGAAAUGUAUUUUAUUAUCUAGCAUUUUUUGACGAUGAAUUGUUGCAGAAAAAUGCUGGCGCAUCCAAUCAUUUUUAUUCGGAAAGAAAUACUUAUAUUUAAAUAUUAUGCAAAAUUGAGAAAAAAAAUUGGACUACACGAAACUACGGCUCCACAUAAUACUUGCAACGCUGGCGGGCAUCGUUUGUCCUUAUUUAACAUUUGAUAAACAACAAGGAAAGGAUUCCACGAGUAUUGUGAGUUUUAUAGCGUUUUCUCUUGGUUGCACUAUCGCCCACUAUUGCAACACUCAGACAGUGUACCGUGUUUCUAUGGCUGGUGAUAAGCGAACUCAUUCUCGGUAUUUACGUGACUACGGUAUAAUGCAAAUUUUCUACACGAAGUGGGAUUUUGCUACACCAUCUCAAAGGAACGGUGUAGAGCCAGUGGGACAUUUAAAAUUUGAAAAUGGAACGGAGGUUAUUUUAGUGACAAGUCAAUACAAGUGUCGUUCUAUUUUUGUCACUUUCUGAGUCAACAAGGAUGACAUGAAAGAACGACGCUUGUGUCAACUUGUGUCAUCAAAUGGAAAGCACCCAGUGUAGCGCUUACACGCAACUGGUGUGAUGCGAGGCUGCACUCAGUGUAGUUUCCAGGAGAAAACGCUAUUAAAUGGAACGCAGCCUACGUAUGUUCACUGUGUGUUUAUCCAUGUCCGCCAGAAACUAUGAAACUUAUAGAGCUGCUACAUUUACAGUGCAGAAUGAGUAAGAGAGUAAGAGUGAGAUAGAUCUUUCUCUCUCGCACAAUUUUGAAGAAAAAUGCCGGACAUUGUGGUUAGACUCCGAUUACAGGGUCUUUAUUUACAAGUACAUUUUCAUAUGUAACAAAACUUGAGAGUUAUCUGAUAUGAUUGAUGUAGACAUAGAUAUGUUUUAUAUUAUACCACCAAAUGGCGAGAUACCGCUUUAUAUUAUGGAAGAUUGUAUUUUGACUAGAUUAGAUUAUUUGAGGCUCCUCAGUGAAGGAUUUGCUAAUGAAUUUGAUGGGAAAUUUGAGUACUUAUUAGAAAAUUCUACCUAUGAUAAAAUUGGACAUUUUGUAUUAAGGUUAUUAGCUUCUACAUCAUCAGAUUUAUGUAUAUAUUGGAUUGGCAAAGAAUCAUUAUUAUUUAAACAUAGAUUAGAUAGUCUAUCACCUAGACGAUUACAUAAAUUAUUAAAACAAAUUACAUGGAAACUGCAAAUAUUUAAAGAUAAAAAAAGUACAAUUGACACAAUUCUCAUUGAGUUAUGCAAAUUUUAUUUGCAGCCCUUAGUUUUUAAACAUCUGACAUCAAAUUGUCACGAUUGCAAUAAUUUUCGAUAUGAAAUGAGAUUUGAAAUAGUACCAGAUUUGGUGAAAGAAAGAGAACUAGUCCUUCAUAAUGGAAAUGUCAUUACGCAUUGUUCAGAUUGGAAAAAAGUACUUCGAUUAUUAUUUAGUAAUUAUGUAAUCAAUGAAAUGAAUAUCAUGAAGAGACAGUCGCAAUAUAUCAUAAAACAUGAUCUUAGAUUCCACAUUUUAAAUCAGAAAAUUCAAUCCUAUCUCUUCAAGGAAGGUGUUCCUCAUGGAAAAGUAACUAUUGAUAACAUAGAAAUAGAAGCACAGAAAUUCCCAUUAUGUAUGCAACAUUUGCAUUCUCUAUUAAGAAGAAGACAUCGUCUCAGUCACUAUGCGCGUUUAUACUACAGUCUUUUUCUAAAAGAAAUAGGAAUGACUCUAGAAGAUUCAAUUGUAUUUUGGAAGCAAGAAUAUUCCAAGCCACAUACUUGUACUUCAGUAUGUUCACACAAUUGGCAAUCCAAUGAGAAAAAAUUCAUAUAUAGCAUCAGACACAUGUAUGGUUUAGAAGGAUCGCGAAGAACUUACAAAACGCCUGACUGCAAUCUCAUUUGUGUUGGUAUUAGUGGAGCAACAUAUGAGGGUGGUUGUCCUUUCAAAGAUUUUGAUACAAGUGUACUCAGAAAUCUUUUACAAGUUUCAGUAAAUGAAGAUGAAAUUGAAAAAUUUAUAAAUAACAUAUCUACUAAAGAUCCAGAAGUUCUUUGCACUACAUUUCUGAAACUCGUACGUGAAGAUGACAUUAACGACGUCGUUAUCAAAAGUCCAGUACAAUACUAUCAAAGAAUGAUUAAUUAAUACGAUAAACUCUAUCUUCAUGAUGAAAAAUGUAUAUAAUUAUUGCUUUCAU